AUGACGACUUUGCCAGUGAGCCCAACGUGUCCAGAGGCCCAGUCCAAUGAGUACCCAAAGCUCACCAAUGCUGCACUGACGGCCCUGCUGUCCAAGCCAUAUGGUGUGGAAGCCCUACGCAAUAUCCAACAGAAGAAUUGGGACGCCCUACAGCAGCAACCAGAUGCCAUUGCAGACCUGACACAUCAUUGCGUGAUUUGUGGAAUGUUCUGCAACCGGCCGCAGGAUUUGAACCUGCACAUGCGCACGCAGCAUCCCACAUUGCUGCCUAACGUGAUGUCCAAAGCCAGCCAGCUCAAUCGAGCACAAGCAUCCAAUUCACCAUGCCGUUUUUGUGACCGUGAGUUUCGAAGAACACAUCAAUGCCCAGUGAUGAUGCAAGCAGCACUUCUUUUGGUUAAUACUGAUGACACUGGCCGCAGUUUUUCCCAACCAGGUGAUGCUGUUCUAUGCUGCGAUGUUUGCAACAUGCGCUUUCAGGAGCUCAUGCAAUUACAUGAUCAUUUGCAUCAGAUACAUCGGCUUGAACCGCAAGACCGGGACCCCCUCAGGGACAUGCUGACAGGGACAGAGCCGGUGUGCUCACACUGCUUAUCCAUGUUUGCGGACAAACCAGCACUCCGGCAGCACAUAACCUUGGGACAAUGUCGAAGCUUUGACCCGAUGCGGCCACCAGCAGAAUAUCCUGUGGCACCUGACUGGCAGGAGCUCAUUGUUUCUGGCACCAUUGCCCAGCUGCGACAGGCGCCACAGAAACGGAUGCACCUGACUUUGAGAUGUCAAUUCUGCCACACUGCAUUUCAGAGAACAGGAGAUCUUUCAUUGCACUUGCAGACGGUUCAUAGCGUCUUGUGGCAUGACUCGCAAUCUCAUGUUCAACUACUGAUGGAAGCCAGUCACACUUUUGGAUGCCUGUGCAACCCAAUGACCAAUGCCAGUGGUCUUCAGCACAUAUGUGUGGCGCUCAGGCAGCUUGGCAUGAUGAUGCAGAAGAUGGACCAGCCCUUGUUUCUGCCUUGGACGUUUGAGCAAUCACACAUUCAGACCUUUCUUCAGGCAGUUCUUCAUGAGCCGGCUGGACAACAAUUGCGGGAAUGUCUGCGCUUGCGUCAAUUUGUGACCCUAUGGACUGAUCCCCUGCUUGUUCAGUUUCUGCGCACCAGAUGCCUGCAGUGUGGCCAAUCCCUCCAUCCAGCAGAAUUGCGUGAACAUUUGCACAGAGCCCAUGCCUCAGUGAUGAAUGCCCAGCAAACUCUCAUGCCACAACUCCUGACAGCUGUUGGCCGUGAAAAUGCCAACGACUUUCACUGUGACAUAUCCAUCUCCAACAUCAGUGUCCAGUUGUGCUGCAGCUCUCGCUUCUGCUUCAAGAUCAUGGACGCUGGCACUGCCUUCACGGCGGAGGACUCCGAGAUGUUGGAAACUUUCAAGAUGAUGGGUCCACUCUUCAAACAGGAAAGAUACGAGAGACCAGAAGACGGCCGCGAGUCAAAGAAAAUCAGGAAGGACGGCAGAAAGCAAGAAGAGUCCAAGGACACCCAGCUUCUCAUGGCGAUGGGUCAACUCUUGCUGAAAGUGGAUGCGGAGCAACAAGCGCUCAAGCGUCAAGACUCAUGGAUCUGCUUCAUGCAAACAGAGCCCCAGGCCCUCUUGCCGUCGCUGAUUCAGAAGGCAGCGGAAUGGAAGCAGACCACCAAGGUGAAGCAGGAACCUACGAUGGAUCACUCCCCUCUACCACUGCGAUGCCUCCUCACCCAACACCUGGCGGAAACUCUGCUCCACCGGGUCACCAAGCUUGCACAAUGCAGCCCAGAGGACCCACUGAUGAAGGUAGCACUGGAACAGGGACUGCUGACACAGGAGGGCCACUUCCCCUACCAGCGGUGGAAUGCGCAAGCGCAAUGCCUCAAGACCACCAAUCAUCAGCCAAUCACCAUCCAACGGAUGAUCAAAUACUCCGAGCAGAUGGUCGAGAUCCUGAAGGAUCCAUGUGCAACAGUGAAAUUCCACAGUCUCAGACCUCUCUCGACAGAGGCCAUUGUGCCCUGGAUGUGGCAAAUAUCGAUGAGAUCGGACGAUCUUCAAGUCUUGCUGACAACGUUACAAGGGAGUACUGUAUGGAGUCUCCUCGGCCUAUCCCUGAAGCCCCAUGCUCUCCACCUGAGCAAGCAGGGUCAACACCUCCAAACUCUGAUGGGCAAAGGACAGGGCAAGAGCCAGGGCAAAUCCAAGACCAAGCGCUCCCAGUAA